UCUCAACUCCCAGCCAACCCUCCCCACGUAAACUGUGAAGGUUGUGUUAGUUGUAGUUUCGCGUGGACUGCUAAAAUUGACUUUCGCUAUCGGAAUCACGCAGAUGUGGAUGUUUAACUUUGAGGACGCGGCGGUGUUCAGUGCGUGAGAUGUUUAUCAUCACAGAAAUGUGCUGAUGUAUGGGCUCGGCAGUUUGGCAAUAACAUGUCGUCCACUGAGACUGCCAGGGAGUUCCAAGCUAAAGAGCGCAAAUGCAGAAAUCAGCUGAAGAAGCGAUUGGCAAAUGCUCUGUCAAGAGAUCUUAACCGGCUGCUGCAGGAGGAGCAGGAGACUGACGUCACUCUGUGUGGGGGUUCUGCUGUUCGGCUGAAGGCCCACAGGGCGGUGCUGCUGGCCCGAGCUCCUCACCUCCUGCAUGGAACCGAAGCAACUACACCUGUCAUUCACCUGCAGGGGAUUGAACCUGCAGCCCUCAAGGACUUUAUACAAAAAGUGUACACAGAAGACAAGUGCCUGGUGAAGGAGAAUAGUGCCUUAAAUAUACACAACGGCCACUCGCUAGUUGUGAAUGGCACUGCUGCAGACGGCCAUGAUGUUGACGCUAAGGUCAGCUCUGACCCAGGUUCAGAGCAUUUAGAGCCAGCAUCAGGGCUUGGGGCAGAUCUUUUGGCUCUGUUUCAGAGGGCUGAUAUGUCUGACAUCAGCAUCCAGGUGGCAGAUAGAGUCUUUUCAGCACACAGGGCCAUUCUAUGUGCGCGCUCAGAGUAUUUCCGAGCAAUGCUGUGUGGGAGCUGGAUGGAGAGUUUGCGUCAGUGUAUCACUCUGCAGGGUCUGGGUCCAGAUGAAAUGGAGAUUCUGCUUCAUUUCAUGUAUGGUGCCAUUCUAGACUUCCCACCAGGAACAAAUGUCAGUCAGGUUGUGUUAGCAGCAGACAUGCUGGGCCUGGAGGGGCUGAAAGACAUGGCCGAGAUGGUCCUGACUCGGGACUAUUGCCGCUUUUUCCCCAAGCCUGUUGAUGGGGUUCAGAAACCUAUACUGGAGUGCCUCGCCAUUACCCACUCUAUAGGCCUGCACGAUCUCUACUGCUCCUGUGUGAGAUGGGUAGCUGAGCACUUUGUGAAGUGCUGGUCAGAAAGGAAUUUUGCCCUCCUCCCUCCAGAACUACAGAGAGAUUGCCUUAAUACUGUCACCAAAAACAUGAUGGUGCAGAUUGCUGAUCUGAUUAACAAUGAGCAAAGCCAUCAGUCUUUCGUUCUCUCUCUGUCUCUCUCCCUUCUGCAACAGAAACCUACAAAAUGCCUCUCGGGCACUUCGUCUCCAUGUGAUAGCCCUUCUUAUCCUCCUAUUAAGGUAUCACAGGGUCCACGUGCUUCCCCUGCAAGAUCUGUAGCUGCAGCAUCAGGUACCAUGAAGUCUGAUGCUCUGGGGCCAACAGCUCACACGGCUCCUGGGAAAACAAAAGCUAGUAACAAUGCCUCACUCAGAAGUAAAAAUGAUAAGGUUAAGCCAACUCAAAUGCCAGCUAAAACCAAGACUACGUCUACUGUCAAACCAGUGUUGAAUGGCACUGGUGGUGGUGCUCCACGGGAGAAUUCCACCGCUUCAGGUGCCCGUGGUUCACCCACAAGGAAGACGGUGCUGGACAGAAAGCCAAACCCAGGAGCAAGGCCAAAGUCUUCCUCUGCUGGGUCUGAUCUCUUGGCAGGCCAGACUAAAGGAGGAAAACUGAAGAAGGACACAAUGUCAGGGAAGGAUCUGCCUCAGGAAUUGGUCAGCAUUGCUCAGAAUACCCCAUCUAACUCUGGCAGCACCUCACCAGACAACAGUGCUGGGAGUCCACAAAAGAAUGGCCACAGUACACCGACAGAAAAUCAGACGACUACAAGCGAAGAAGAGGUAGGGCGUCAAAGACCACGAUCCUGGAUUAGAAAGGAUGAGGUGCCAAUGGAGAAGGAACCUUGUGAAAUGGAUACUACAUUAAAAUACUUGAAGGGUGUACAGGACCACCAGCUUUUCACCUCUGAGGAAGAAGAGGAGGAGACUGAAGAUGAAAGAUCGGAAGUUGAGGUGUUACCGAGGAGAAUGGCUCCCCCGAUUGCCGAACCACCGCCACAGUUUCAAGGUAUUGUCAACCUUGCAUUUGAAGAUCCUGCAGAGCAAGAGAAUGAGCAACCAGAGUACCAUUCAGCUUCUAACUUCCGUCGCUCUGUUUUACUCUCGGUGGAUGAGUGUGAGGAACUUGGAUGUGAAGAAGGAGGCGCCCCGACUCCGACACAUCAGUCAAGUGAUUCCUUUACACAUGGCAAUGUCUUUGACAGUGAACCUCACGAUUCUAAAACAGACUACUGCUCCCAGCAAUCCACAAACACAGUGAGGGGCAACCAUAUCUCCAACCACCAGGAAAAUGAACAGGAGCCCAAACACACAGUAUUGCUGACAGAGAUCCGGGGAUCUCCACAGGAGGAUAGUGCAUGUAAUCAAUCAGAUGCCCCUGUGCAAAACAAAGAUGCCAGUGAUGUUCCUGCUCAGGAGCGCCCUAGUCACCUGGACCUCCGGCUUGCGGAACAGUAUGGCAAUCUCCAGUCCAAACAUAUAGACAGCAGAAAAGCUGACUUGUGGCUAGACUUACCUGAGCCGCAGCUGACUGCGAGUUCACCUGCACACUCUCCAGCAGGGGACUUUGAUGGUUGUGACACAUUGGAUCAAACCUGCACACAUGACCGGCGGCCAUCUAAAGCCCUGUCCCCCAUUUACGAGAUGGACCUGGGAGAAGCCCUCGAAAAAAGCAUGGAUGCUGACAGGAGCAAUGAUCCCCAACAGGAGGAGGCACAUCACGAGGGUAAAGGUGUGGAGACAGAGGACAAUAAAGAUGAAGUGGACCAUGAAGACAGUAAGUUUGCAGAGAACGACUGGAGUCUGCUGCGACAGCUACUGUCUGACCAAGAAUCCGAUCUGGGCAUCAUAAGCUCAGUCCCAGAGGAUUUAAACCUUGCACAGUACUUGAUCAAGCAGACGCUGUCCUUGUCUCGAGACUGCUUGAAUGAACAGGACUACUUGUAUCAUGAAAAGGACACAUUUAAGCGCUGGGCUGAGCUUAUUUCUCCACUGGAGGACUCCACCACCAGCAUCACUGUGACCAGCUUCUCUCCUGAGGACGCUGCAUCUCCACAGGGUGAGUGGACCAUCGUGGAGCUGGAGACACAUCACUGAUGGCUCUGUGGACUGGAAUACAGCCAAUGUUUUGAUAGGACUCUUUAGAUUACUGCAUCCUUUCUUCCUUUCAGUGCUUAUUUAUUUUGGGGAGAAAGACAUAAGUUCCAGCUUAAGUUAACCGAAGGCACUUGACAUUUUGUACAGGUACUGGAAUAAUGACCUCUGUGCAGUUAUUUUGCAUGUGGGCAAUUUUCUAAGUUAUAUUGUUUACUUGAUGGGUGCUUGAAUCUUUGUAGAAUACCAAAAAUGCAUUUUCUUGUUGCUCUUUUUGUCUCUGAAUGAUGACGCUUCUAAAACGUUUUGAACAGAGUGUAGAGUGUUAGUGGUUCUGGUUUACAUUCAUCAUUGUAUUUAAGACAAUAAAAGCUGU